AUGUCUGAAAAUGAAACUGAAUUAUUUCAUCAAAAUAAAAAAGCAGCAGAAAAUGGUGAAGAAGUUGCAAUGUAUAAUUUAGCAACUAGUUAUUAUAAUGGAAAAGGGACAGAAAAGAAUUUAGUAAAAGCCUUCCAUUGGUAUCAAAAAGCAGCAGGAAAAGGUUAUUUUGAUGCAAUGAAUAAUUUAGCUAUAUGUUAUACAGAUGGAGAGGGAACAGAAAAAAACUUAGAAAAAGCCUUCUAUUGGUAUCAAAAAUCAGCAGAAAAUGGUAAUCAAUAUGGAAUGAAUUGUUUAGCCAAGUGUUAUAUUAAUGGAAUAGGAAUAGAAAAGAAUUUAGAAAAGGCCUUCUAUUGGUAUCAAAAAUCAGCAGAAAAUGGUAAUCAAUCUGGAAUGAAUUAUUUAGCCAUGUGUUAUAUGAGUGGAACAGGAACAGAAGAGAAUUUAGUAAAAGCCUUCUAUUGGUAUCAAAAAUCAGCAGAAAAUGGUAAUCAAUCUGGAAUGAAUUAUUUAGCCAUAUGUUAUAAAAUUGGAAGAGGAACCGAAAAUGACUUAGAGAAAGCCUUCUAUUGGUAUCAAAAAGCAGCAGAGAAUGAUCCAUUUAUAAUGAAUGAAUUAGCCGAAUGUUAUAAAAAUGGAGAAGGAACAGAAAAAAACUUAGAAAAAGCCUUCUAUUGGUAUCAAAAAUCAGCAGAAAAUGGUAAUCAAUUUGGAAUGGAUAAUUUAGCCAUAUGUUAUAAAAAUGGAGAAGGAACAGAAAAAAACUUAGAAAAAGCCUUCUAUUGGUAUCAAAAAUCAGCAGAAAAUGGUUAUCAAUUUGGAAUGAAUAAUUUAGCCAAAUGUUAUAAAAAUGGAGAAGGAACAGAAAAGAAUUUAGAAAAAGCCUUCUAUUGGUAUCAAAAAGCAGCAGAAAAAGGUUAUAAUGAAGCGAUGAAUAAUUUAGCUAUCCCUAUAAAAAAAGAAAAUUCGGAAUUUGUCCUGAAAAGUAUGGAAAAUGGUAUAUGUUAUAAAAAUGGAGAAGGAACAGAAAAAAACUUAGAAAAAGCCUUCAAUUGGUAUCAAAAAGCAGCAGUAAAUGGUGUUGUAGAUGCAAUGGUUUAUUUAGCCAUGUAUUAUGAAUAUGGACUAGGAACAGAAAGAAAUUUUAUAAAAGCUUUCUAUUGGUAUCAAGAAGGGGCAGAAAAUGGUAGUGGGUUUGGAAUUAGUAAAUUAGCCAUGUGUUAUAAAAAUGGAACAGGAACAGAAAAGAAUUUAGAAAAAGCCUUCUAUUGGUAUCAAAAAGAAGCAGAAAAAGGUUAUCAAUAUGGAAUGAUUAAAUUAGCCAUGUGUUAUGAAGAUGGAAAAGGAACAGAAAAGAAUUUAGAAAAAGCCUUCUAUUGGUAUCAAAAAGGAGCAGAAAAUGGUAGUCAAUUUGGAAUGAAUAAUUUAGCCAUGUGUUAUGAAUAUGGAAAAGGAACAGAAAAGAAUUUAGAAAAAGCCUUCUAUUGGUAUCAAAAAGGAGCAGAAUAUGGGGAUGGAAAAGCAAUGAAUAAUCUAGCCAUAUGUAAUAAAAAUGGAAAAGGGACAGAAAAGAAUUUAGAAAAAGCCUUCUAUUGGUAUCAAAAAGCAGCAGAAAAAGGUUAUAUUGAUGCAAUGAAUAGUUUAGCCAUAUGUUAUAAAAAUGGAGAAGGAACAGAAAAAAACUUAGAAAAAGCCUUCUAUUGGUAUCAAAAAGCAGCAGAAAAAGAUGUGUAUAAGAGACAGGAAUAUGGGGAUGGAAAAGCAAUGAAUAAUCUAGCCAUAUGUAAUAAAAAUGGAAAAGGGACAGAAAAGAAUUUAGAAAAAGCCUUCUAUUGGUAUCAAAAAGCAGCAGAAAAAGGUUAUAUUGAUGCAAUGAAUAGUUUAGCCAUAUGUUAUAAAAAUGGAGAAGGAACAGAAAAAAACUUAGAAAAAGCCUUUUAUUGGUAUCAAAAAGCAGCAGAAAAAGGUUAUAUUGAUGCAAUGAAUAAUUUAGCCAUAUGUUAUGAAAAUGGAGAAGGAACAGAAAAAAACUUAGAAAAAGCCUUCCAUUUAUAUCAAAAAGCAGCAGAAAAUGGAGAUAAAGAAGCCCAAUUUAAUUUAGGUGUAUGUUAUGAAGAAGGAAUUGGUAUUGAAAAAGAUGAAGUUAAAGCCUCUUAUUGGUAUCAAAAAGCAGCUCAACAAGGAUUUAGCAAUGCACAAUAUAGACUUGGAUUCUUUUACAAGAUUGUUAAAGGAGUGAAAGAAGUUUUAAAAAAUCCGUUUAAAAUAGUAGAAAAAGAAAGUUUGAGCGCAAAUAAAUGGAUUGAAAAUGCUUUAAAAUGUGAAAAAGUUAAAUUUAUAUCUUAUAAAGAAUUAAAAAAUGUAGAACCACUUGAUGCAGGAAAGUUUGGAGAAAUAUCAAAAGCAAUUUGGACUAAAACUAAUAGUUAUGUUGUUUGUAAAAAAUUAUUUAAUUCAACUUAUAUUAAGAAUGAUAAGUUAGAUGCAUUUACUCAUGAACUAAAAAUGCAUAUGCAACUUGAUUAUAGUGAAAGAAUUAUACGUUGCUUUGGUAUUAGUUUAGAUCCAAAUACAAAUGAUUAUCUUCUUAUUAUGCAGUAUGCUAAUGAUGGAUUAAAUUAUUUGCAUUAUGAAAAUAUUUUACAUAGAGAUCUUCAUUCUAAGAAUAUAGUCAUUCAUGAAAGUAAUGCUAAAAUCACAGAUUUUGGUAUUUCAAAAAACCAAAAUAAUCAAACUUCAGCUUAUAUUGGUAAUUUUGGUGUUGUUGCUUAUAUGGGACCAGAACGUCUUAAAAAUUCAGAAUCUCCAUCUCCAUAUACUAAAUCUUCAGACAUCUAUAGCUUUGGUGUAUUAAUGUGGGAAAUUUCUAGUGGUCAUCUUCCAUUUAAAGAUAAUGAUAAUAUAGUUACACUUACUGUUUCUAUUAUUACUGGUAUUCGUGAAGUUACAGUUCCUGAUACUCCUGAAGAAUAUGAGAAACUCUAUAAAAAAUGUUGGAAUCAAGAACCUGAAAAAAGACCAUCUAUUAAUGAAAUAUUAGAUGAAUUUGAAAGGAUGGGUUUCGGGAAUAAUGCUACAAGCAAAUUGGUUGAAGUAUUACAAAUGUUUGCGAAACAGUUUGUUAAGUGGUUCGUACUUCGUACUGAAUAUGAAUUGUCUUAUAAAGCAGAAAAAGGAACAGGAGCUGGUACAAUUUUGGAAGAAGAAGAGGAAUUUGAAGAAUUUAUAGGAGAGAUACUGCUAAUUUAUAAUAAUAAAUUAUUUGUAUCUUUGUUAGAAAAGUUUAGAGAUAUCAGAGAUACUGAAUCUGUGAGCGAAGAUGAUGAAUCUGAACUAACUGCCAAGCAAAAAAAUAAAUAA